AUGCGUGAUGUGCUGUUUGAAGAGUUGGAGCCUCCAAAGGAAAAUCAAGAGAUUGUCAAAAUUCGAGCAAGCGUGGGAAAUAACCUUCAUGAAGUAGAGACUUCUGCUGGAGAAACUUAUCUUAUAUCAAUGCCAACAAAGUUCCGAAAAAAUGUGUGGGUGAAAAGGGGAGAUUUUGUACUUGUAGAGCCAAUAGCUGAAGGUGACAAGGUUCGUGCUGAAAUGGUACGCCCGGUAACUUCAGAUUAUAUUCGCUACCUGCGUGAAAUUAAUAAAUGGCCUGAAGGCUUUGAUAAAGCUGAGUCAAUAGAUGAUGAUGAAAGUGGCAACCCUAAUCGGAGGCCUCUUAAUAAUUAUCAUUCAAGUAGUGAUAGUGAUACCAGUGAGAGUGAUACAGAGUAA